CAGGAAAGCAGUCCUGCAAUUUCCAGGCCACUCCACCUCAGAGAGGCUUUGCAAGGAAGGAGUAGGAGGAGGACCACGUGGCUUUGAGCACCUACAGCAUGCCACAGAGAAGGCAACCCCCAUUUUACAGAUGAAGAAGCUGAGGCUCAGGGGAAUUGGUUUACCUGAGAUCUCCCCAGUAAGUCAGGCAGAGCUAGGUGGGGACCCUGGGUGCAGAUUCUUUCUAUUGCAGAUGCAGAGUGAGCACGAGACCUUGGAUGACCCCAAGAUACCUCUGAACAAGGCUGCACUGAGAGAAGCUAAAAAGUCAUUGCUGUUUACCUACGUAAACAAGGACUCUGCCUGACUUAGGAAGCACUGAAUAGCCAGUAAAAACAACACAGGCUUUGUAGAAAAACUAGGCCUGAGUUUGAGUCCUGACUCUUACCAGUAUGACCUUGGACAAGUCAUUAGAGCUCUCUGCCUCUUUCCCAGAAGUAAAAUGGGGUCACAGACUCAGCUGCUCCCUUCCUGGUGUGGUGCCAAGACCAACUGCAUGAAGAUCUUUAUAAAUGAAUUCACUGCAUGCGAUGCCCAUAUAGGAGUUGAAGUUACUCCGUGGGUAAACGCCCCUUAGUGAUGAGGUGGGUGCUGUUCUUGGGCAUAAAAGCAGCCCUGUGCCCAGCAUGGAUCAGUCUGUCUUCUGGCAGCCAAGUGCAGGUGCUCCUACGACCUUUGCUGUGCUCAGACCCAGGUAGUACCCACGGGAUCGCCCAGCCUCUGGCAGCUCAACGUGAAGGCGUGAACUCAGCUUGCUUCAGAGCCUCCCCACCAUGACAUCCAAGAAGCUGGUGAACACGGUGGCAGGCUGUGCCGAUGAUGCCCUUGCUGGCCUGGUGGCCUGCAACCCCAACCUGCAUCUCUUGCAGGGCCACCGCGUGGCCCUCCGUUCUGACCUGGACAGCCUCAAGGGCCGCGUGGCACUGCUGUCGGGUGGGGGCUCCGGCCAUGAGCCUGCCCAUGCCGGUUUCGUAGGGAAGGGGAUGCUGACAGGGGUCAUCGCAGGAGCCGUGUUCACCUCCCCGGCGGUGGGCAGCAUCCUGGCAGCCAUCAGGGCAGUGGCCCAGGCAGGCACAGUGGGGACCCUCCUCAUCGUGAAGAACUACACUGGGGAUCGGCUCAACUUCGGCCUGGCCCGGGAGCAGGCCCGGGCUGAGGGCAUCCCCGUGGAGAUGGUGGUCAUCGGGGAUGACAGCGCCUUCACCGUCCUGAAGAAGGCAGGCAGGCGGGGACUCUGUGGCACAGUGCUCAUACACAAGGUGGCAGGUGCCCUGGCUGAGGCAGGUGUAGGGCUGGAGGAAAUCACAAAUCGGGUGAGCGUGGUUGCCAAGGCCAUGGGAACCCUGGGAGUGAGCUUGUCCUCCUGCAGCGUCCCUGGCUCCAGACCCACCUUUGAGCUCUCACCAGAUGAGGUGGAGCUAGGCCUGGGGAUCCACGGGGAAGCUGGCGUGCGCCGGAUAAAGAUGGCAUCCGCCGACGAGAUCGUGACACUCAUGCUCGACCACAUGACGAACUCCUCCAACGUGUCCCAUGUGCCCGUGCAGUCUGGCUCCUCAGUGGUGCUGAUGGUCAACAACCUGGGUGGCUUGUCAUUCCUGGAACUGGGCAUCAUGGCCGACGCGGCUGUCCGCUCUCUGGAGGGCCGCGGGGUGAAGAUCGCCCGUGCCCUAGUGGGCACCUUCAUGUCCGCCCUGGAGAUGCCUGGCAUUUCUCUCACCCUUCUGCUGGUGGAUGAGCCUCUCCUGAAACUGAUCGAUGCUGAAACCACCGCAUCAGCCUGGCCCAACGUGGCCAAGGUCUCCGUGACCGGGCGGAAGCGGAGCCGGGCAGCCCCUGCCGAGCCUCUGGAGGUCCCCGAUUCCACUGCCACAGGAGGCUUAGCCUCGAGGCAGACGGUGCUUGUGCUGGAACGGGUGUGCGCCACCCUCCUGGGCCUGGAGGAACAUCUGAAUGCCCUGGAUCGAGCUGCCGGCGACGGGGAUUGUGGCACCACCCAUAGCCGUGCUGCCAGAGCAAUCCAAGGGUGGCUGAAGGAGGGUCCACCCCCUGCCAGCCCUGCCCAGCUACUCUCCAAACUGUCUCUCCUGCUGCUGGAGAAGAUGGGAGGCUCCUCUGGGGCGCUCUAUGGCCUGUUCCUGACUGCGGCGGCCCAGCCACUCAAGGUCAAGGCAGACCUGCCAGCCUGGUCUGCUGCCAUGGAUGCCGGCGUGGAGGCCAUGCAAAAGUACGGGAAGGCUGCUCCAGGGGACAGGACUAUGCUGGAUUCCCUGUGGGCAGCAGGACAGGAGCUCCAAGCCUGGAAGAGCCCAGGGGCCAAUCUGUUCCAUGUUUUGACGAAAGCAGUUCAGAGUGCGGAGGCUGCAGCCGAGGCCACCAAGACUAUGGAAGCGGGAGCCGGGAGAGCCAGUUACAUCAGCUCUGCGCGGCUGGAUCAGCCGGACCCUGGGGCAGUGGCCACGGCCGCCAUUCUCCGGGCCAUCCUGGAGGCCCUGCAGCACGAGCGUGUGUGA